AUGGAGGCCCGGUGUCAAUGCGGUUCUGUAACCUUCAAAACUCCCCUGCCUCAGCCUCUUGCUCUCUACAUUUGUCAUUGCGAUGCUUGUAGACGACAAACGGGCUCAGCGUUUGGCACUUCAGCCAUCUUUCCUCGCUUCGAGCUGCCCGAUACGGAUCUUCUAAGCGUGUAUAGUCGACCUACAGCAUCGGGACAUCAACUCUACUGUUACUUCUGUCGCAAAUGCGGAACGCGUCUCAUCCACUCAACUCCUGUAAGUGACAAACAGACCUCGCUCGCUCGCUCGCUCGUACCCUCUUACUUUGACCCGAAACUCAACUCAUCAUGCCACAAGUCCAAAAACGUCAUAUCUGUCAAGGGGGGCUGCCUCGACGGACUGGACUGGAAACGUGCGGUGCACAUCUGGACCAAGACGGCGAUGGUUCCUAUUCCCGAAGGUUCUGAAACCCAUUCGGAGGAAUCAGGCUAUACGGACUACGGGUCGACCCAGGAGGAGCUGGACCAGCCUGGGGAUCUGGUGGGAAGCGCCGGUUGCAACAUACCUCCCAGCGAAAAGAUUGGAUCGAGUUCUGUCGAGGUGAAUGGUGGUGAAAACUGA